UGUAUCUAUAGUGUAUGCAAGUAAAAUUGUCACUCUUGUAAAUUUUAAUGAUUCCAAGAGCAUGGUUAAGAAUUUUUGUAAAAAGAAAAAAAAAUUGUGUAAAAAUAAGCAAAUCCAUCAUCUUACUUGCACAGGUGGAUUAAGUCCUAGUGAAUUGAAUGUGAUGAACCAGUGAAGGUAAGAUGACAAAUGUGAAUUUGAAGCAGAAAAUGGAAUUUUCAUCUCAGAAAAAAAUUUGUUUACUAAAAUUGAUAUAAUCAGAAAUAACCACAUAUUAAGUAACUAGGCAUUUUCAACUGAAAAUAAAUGAUUGGACUUUUAACUUCAUAAGCUGCAGCUCGUGAUUGUAAGACAGACUGAAGUAGGGGGCUAGUCGCGUAGUCUAUGAAUGUUGGAAGUGAAUUUACUAGGAAAUGAAGUGGUAUCUGGUUUGCGGUUGCGAUUAGUCCUGACGGCAGAAAAAGGUGAACUGGCCAAGGCUGUGAAGCGUGCACGCGACUCCGGCCCGGUAUCCGGGAAAACGUGUGCAGAAGGAAUAAUUCAAGCCAUGUUCUCAGCCUAGUCACGCUAAUCUAUGAAAUUGUUAUUAAUGAACACACAAUUCAUGAAAUGAAAAUACUCUUUUAUCAUUUCUUGGUUUUACAAGUUACAAUUAAUAAGUACAAUUACAAAUCUGGAUUGAUUGCCUCGUCAAUGGUGGUGGCAGCUUUUCGCCUCGCUGCACCAAGCUGCAAUAUGUUGCACUGAGGGGGCUUUAUAGUCGCACAGACACUGGCGAGGCACCAAUGUGCUGUAACAGUCUGAGUGGAUUGAAGGAGAACCAACAGGUAAUGUGCAAAUAGUUGUCCAUACAAAUAGUUAUGGGUUGGUGCUGCUUGGAUUCAUGUUUUUGACAAAGUGCUCUAGAUAUUUUACAAAAAUAUCAGGUCAUCCAGCCACUCUCAUGAACAAUUCCAACUGAUCUAAAAAUUAACUUUGCAUUCUAAUUUGAGGGACAAUAGUGCGAGUGCAAAAUGUCCAGCUGCUUUCAAACAACAAACAGCUAUAAUAUUUUGACCUGUUUCACCAUGCCACCGCCCAGUGAUCCUGUGACAGAACCGGGUUGAACUUAGUGAUGCAGAUAUAAUUUACAAUUUAAAAAUGAGAUUGGUCUGGGAGGGUGCCAGGUUAGCCAGGACGUCUAACCUCGGGGUUGGUGUGGCUCACUUCGCUCAGUAGUUGCAUCUGUUAGUAUAGACUACCAACUAAUAGCAUCUUUGAGCGCUCCCUUCUCAUGGGUAGGUUUGGCGGAGAACAACUGAAUAAAACAAACAUUUUGACGGGCAUGGUUUGAUUCAUACGAGCCAAUGUGCUGGUACUAAGCCUGAGUCAGUAUGCUACAAAUUACACUGUUAACAUAUUUUGCACUUAACGUUACUCAUAUACGACCUCUGAUGGGCGCCCUGCUAUACAAAGAUUGUAGUCUGCCCUGUACUUUUUUUUUUUUUUUUCAAACUCCAUGGUGCGGCGGCGUGGCGACGAAGAUGUUAUACGGCGGGAGGGUCACGCCCUGCACCGCAAACUGGUCCAGGUAUUUGUGGUGAAUUAGGUACAGAAGAAUUUGGUUGAUAAGAUUAAACGGCAUGGAGAACUCGGUGAAGUAAGCGUUGCAGCUUCAACACGUGACUUAUCAUGUCCGUCUUGUGCCGUGAACUCCUGGAGACAUCACGUACGUAUCACAUACUGACGCCAACCGCCGGUGCUCCCUCUGGUCCGCAAAGGUCGUUAUGCCACAGCAACACUGGCUCCGAAAUGCGACGAACACGCCCGAGCGUGAUCUUCACAAAGUGUAAGAAAGUGCACCGCAACGAACGCCGCGACGACGACAGCGCCCGGCCGGGUGUGGCAAUGCGCCUAAUUAAACUCUUGAUUAUUUUGUUAAUUAGAACAACCAAAUUAAUAACAAUUUAAAAGAAGGGUUCAUGCUCGGGGGCAUCAUACCGCCCAUCGCGAGGGACCUGCACCAGCAGCACAUAGAGCGCGUGGUGGGGGAAGCCCUGAGUGCCUCGGGCCUGCAGCCGGGCGACCUGGACGCCGUCGCAGUCACGGUCAAGCCUGGUCUGCCCCUGUCGCUGCGGGUGGGACUGGAGUACAGCAAGCAGCUGGCGCGGGCAGCAGCUAAGCCCCUCAUCCCGAUACACCACAUGGAGGCGCACGCGCUCACCAUCCGCAUGACUCGCCAGGUGCAGUUCCCCUUCCUGGUGCUGCUGAUCUCGGGGGGACACUGCCUCCUGGCCGUGGCGCGAGCCGUGGACAGCUUCCUGCUGCUGGGCGAGAGCUUGGACGACGCGCCGGGCGAGGCCUUCGACAAGACGGCUCGCCGCCUGAAGCUGCGGAACCUGCCGGAGUUUGAGAGCCUGUCGGGGGGCGCGGCGCUGCAGGCGGCGGCCGCCAGGGGCGACCCCACCGCCUUCCCCUUCCCCUUCAUGCUGGACCGCUACCGCGACUGCAACUUCAGCAUGGCGGGCCUCAAGAACAAGGUGCUGCGGCACAUCCUGCGCCAGGAGUCGCUGCACGGCGUGGAGGCUGACGGGCUGAUCCCGGGCGUGUACGACCUGUGCGCGAGCUUCCAGUGGGCGGUGGCACGGCACCUGUGCCAGCGGCUGCAGCGUGCCGUGGAGUACGUGGCCCUGCGCGAGCUGCUGCCCCCGGAGCGCCGCAUCCUGGUGGUGUCAGGGGGAGUGGCGUGCAACUCCUACAUCACGGAGCGGCUGGCGGUGGUGUGCGCGGAGUACGGCUACACGCUCGCUGUGCCCCCUCCCCACCUGUGCACCGACAACGGCGUCAUGAUCGCCUGGAACGGCGUGGAGCGCUGGGUCGUGCGGGCCGGCGUCACGACGGACCUCGACUCGGUCGACUUUCAGUCCCGGUGCAUGCUGGGGGAGGACGGGCGUGCGGACGUAGAGCACGCGCAGAUCAAGUGCAAGUGGAUCAAGGACGGGCGGCUGCUGGGCUGGGAGUGAGUGAUCCCUGCCCCUGGGAGGACCAGCGAGGAGGGGAUGAGUCACACGAGGCGCGGGCCAGCCUCCGCGGUCUGCGCGGAGAGACGAGCGGCCGCCUGGUUCUCCGUGGCCGCCGGGUCAGCGCGCUGCUCGGCGUGCAGGUCCAGCAGCUCGCGCAGCCUCCACUUGACCCGCUGCACGGACCUGGCGUCGCUGCGUGCCGAGAUGGCCAGCACGUCGUCCAGCUGCAGGGCCCUGGUUGGCCGCAGCUCCUCCGGGACCUCGGCCAGCAGUCCUGCACGUCGGCAUCACAUCCACUAGCACUGCUCAGGGGGCCAGGAAGUAUGGAUUAUGAAACUGAUGUACAUAUACAGGUUCAUGAGGGAAUUGCAUAAUAGUGUAUCAGCGUAACUAUAAGAUAAAUAUAAAGCAAUACAAUACUGUA